AUAAUGGCGGAGCCCACAGGGGUGCAGUGCGUAAGAGAAAGAUCACCAGAAAAGUUGCCCUGUGAAGAAUGCCUUCUGCCUCCGUAAAAUUGGAAAAACAAGGGUCUCAAGAGACCCUUGACCCUUUCCAGAAAGUAAUGAGCCUCGUAGAGAAGAAAAUCCGGAAUCUAGAGAAGCGAAAGAACAAAUUGGAGCAGUAUCGUGUGGACCUUGAGGCUGGUAAAGAACUAAAUGAGGAUCAACAACAGGCUGUAGAAAACUAUGAUUGUGUUGUGGCAAACUUAGAGUUGAUGAGAGACUUGAGUACCCAGUUUGGAACCAUCCUAACAGACCACAAUAAAGUUAUGAAGAAACAAAUGAAGAAGGAGCAAAUAGAAAAACAGCAGGCAGAAAUCAUCAAAGUGAAGGAGAUACUUAAAAUCCAGGAUGUUCUGCAGCAAAUGGUUCAAGGUGAAACACGUUCGGAUUUCUUGGCGGGGACCAAUGGUGCAGUACAGAUGUCAGCAGAAAGUCUAGAAAGUCUUGAUUUGUUGUAUAAGCUGGUCACACCUACAAAAUUGGAGGGACAAUCUACACAGGAAUUCCAGGUUGAGUUGCGGGGUGCAGCAGAGCACCUAGUCUGGCUACUAGAGGGGAGGAACCGUGACAUUGCCAACUCUACAUACAAAGCACUACUUAAUGUUGUGGAAGAAAUUUCUAAUUGUUCCUAUCCAGAAAGAAAACUACCAGAAAUUGAAGAAGAAGUCACAGCCCCAGAAACUGAGGAGGUUUCAGAGUAUACAAAUGGUUUGGUGGUUGAAGAGGCAGAAGAAGUUACCCCCAUUUCUGAGGUAACAGUGAGCAGUCCUGUUACAGAGGGUCCACCUCCAGGUCUGGCUCCUCCCACAGUAGCCCCUAUGCUGCCUCCUCCUGUACCCCAAGAAACUACUGCUGUUUCUCCUGCACAAGAAGCAUUAGUAGCUGCUAUGGCACAGAUGACUACAGCAGCUGUACCAGGGGCUUCCCCACAAGGAGCAGGGAUGCCUCCUGCACCCUCCUACUUUACACAAUCUCCUCCACAACCAACACCACAGCCUCCUCCUCCACAACCACAAGCCCCACAGCAACCACCUCCACAGCAGACACCUCUACAACCUCCCCAACCACCUCAGCUGCAGCCUAUUUCCUUAAAUGAUUUGGUAGCUCCUGGAAGUUUUGAUUUCUUGCAAGAAAGUCAGGUAGCACAGGAGCCACCAACUGUUUAUAUGGAUCCAGCUGUUGUAUCCAUUGGUAGUAUCAAAACAGAUUCUGUAUCACAAAGGUCUGUCUCACCUGUACCACAGCCACCCCAACAAGUUGCUCCUAUGGUUCCACCUAACCAGGACCCAACACAUCCAUCCAGCAUUCCUACUCAGACAUAUACAAAUCAGACAUACAAUGUAGUGUCUUAUUCCCAAGGAGUACCAGUUUAUCCAAAUAAUACGGUAGUGGAUAGCACACCAAAUCCUCCUCCUCCAAUUCCUAUGCCUCCACAGGCCAGACCACAAGAAAAAGUAGAGUUCAAUCCAGAAGCUAGCCCUUGGACUGGGCAGCAGGUGCCUGCACAGCAGACUGGACAAGCAAUUUCUAAUGUACCACAGCAACCUCAAGAGGACAACUGGGGAGUUCAAGAUGUUCCUGUAAAUGGAGGGGAUGACAAAUGGUGUAAUGCCGAGUCUGGCAACUGGGAUGAAUAUGAAGAAAAUCAGGGAGGUACAGUCCCUGUUCCCACAAAUGGCCAUGGAGGAGAUUAUGAAAGAAGAGGUAAUUUCCGAAGUAGAGGUCGAGGAUUUGGGGGCAGAGGAGGAUUUCGAGGUGGUCGUGGUGGAUACCAGAAUGGCCGUGGAGGCUAUGGAGGAUAUGGAGGCUUCAGAGGUGGACGUGGUGGUGGAAUGGGAGGACCUCGAGGAGGACGUGGAUUCAGAGGACAAGGUCCCCGUGGAAACUUCCGAGGCCGAGGUGGUGGAUACCAGGGUCAACGGCAACCCUACCAACAACAUCAGCAGUAAAAAGAAAAAAAAUAAAGCCAAUUAUUAGCUGUGUGUGAUGAGAAAUAUUGCUACAUGUGUAUUGUGACACUAGAAGUGUUUCACUUUGUUGCACAACGUACUGACCUGGCACUACCUCUGAUAUGAGGUAGUGCCUGAACCUAGGAAUGUAAGCAGUGAGCGGAGAGACAAUAUAGGGCAUUCUUUACGGGACAAUGUAAGUGUGAUACAUGAUAAAAGUGAAAAAUUUGCCAAAAAAGAGAAGGAAAAUAGAAAAACUUGAGUUCUUCUGAACUCAAAAAAAAAAAAAUAUUAAUUUCACUCUAACUAUUCCAUGACUUAUAAAGUUAUACAAAGAUUUUUUUUUUCCUAUAAAUUUUAUGGAAGCACUAUUCCUGGAGUAUGGGGGAGGGGUGGAGGGUGCACUUAUGCUCCCCUCUCUUCCAGGUGGACUUGGACCACUUUGUCACUCUUACACUAUCAAGCUGUCAACGCUUCCAAUACAUUAUCAUUUACUGCACCCUCAGAGUUUCUAUUACCCUUUUCAAUCCAUGCGAUACUGAGGGAAGGAUGAAGCCUAACAAAAAUUAUUGGGCAAGAUGAUGGUUGUGACAAUUAUUCAAUUUGGGCUAUUGAUAAUGUAGAUGUAGUUGUUCAAACUUGAUCAUACUUCAGAACAUCGAACCUUGUGGAACAAAUAUCAGUAAGAUCUGAAAUGAGGUAAUGGAGUAGAUUAUGAGCAGACCAAAUGUACUUUAUAACAAUAAGGAGUUAGUUUUAAGUGAGAUUGUUAGGGUGCUUUCUUUCAUUCUAACAAACUAUGAGGCUAGAAGUCAUCAUAAAUGUAUAUGCAGUGUUUUACCAUUGAUAGCCUGCAUGGAAGCAGGGUUUGUAUAAUUAUAUUUACCCACCCUUGCCUUAUUUCGUAAUGGUCAGUAAGUAUAUAUUUGUACAGUGCAAAUUUCAGGACUUCUGUUCCCAAGAAAUUGUCCUACAAGGGGCUCAAGAAAACAUUUCCUUGACUCUGAAUAACAUUCUGUGAUUUUUA